AGUUGUGCGUGAGUUUACGUCUCGUGACGUCAUGGCGCUCCCCCUGUUUGGUUUGCAGAGCCGCGCUGGAAGAGCCGUCAUGGAGACACAGAGCGGCGACUGUAACGUCAAACCGGACGAGCAGCAGACGGGCGGGGGGGUAGAAGCGGUCCGGUCCAGAUCCCACAGUGGGAGCGGAGACGACUCCACGGACCGCGCGCCCCGCUGCCCUUUGACCCCGUCGAUAUCGCCGAGGAAGCAGCCCGCCAGCAAGUCCAAGACGGAGCCUCCGCUGCUGAGGACCAACAAGCGGACCAUCUACACCGCCGGCAGGCCGCCCUGGUACAACGUCACGGGGACCACCUUCAAAGAGGCCUUCGUCAUCGGUCUGUGUGGAGGAAGCGCUUCUGGGAAAACCACAGUAGCCAAUAAGAUCAUCGAGGCGCUGGACGUCCCCUGGGUGGUGCUGCUCUCCAUGGACUCCUUCUACAAGGUUCUGAACAAAGACGAGCAGGAGCUCGCGGCCAAAAACGAGUAUAACUUCGAUCACCCCGACGCCUUCGACUUCGAGCUGCUGGUCUCCGUCCUCCGGAAGCUGAAGAAAGGGAAGAGCAUCAAAGUGCCGGUUUACGACUUCACGUCCCACUGCAGACGCAAGGAAUGGAAAAAGGUGUACGGGGCAAACGUUGUCAUCUUUGAGGGCAUCCUGGCUUUUGCCAACAAGGAGCUGCUGAAGCUGCUGGACAUGAAGGUGUUCGUGGACACGGACUCGGACGUCCGCCUCAUUCGGAGGCUGAAGAGGGACAUCUCGCAGCGCGGGCGGAACAUCGGCGGCAUCAUCAAACAGUACAACAAGUUUGUGAAGCCGGCGUUCGAGCAGUACAUCGAACCCACGGUGCAGUCGGCCGACAUCGUGGUGCCCAGAGGUGGAGAGAACUUCGUGGCGCUGGAUCUGAUUGUUCAGCACGUUCACAGCCAGCUGGAGAAGCGUGAGAUCACUGUGAGGUCGGCUCUGGCCUCGGCUCACCAGGGUCAGCCGUUACCCAGAACCCUCAGCGUGAUGGAGAGCACGCCGCAGGUCCACGGCAUGCACACCAUCAUCAGGAACAAGGACACUAACCGAGACGAGUUUAUCUUCUACUCCAAGAGAUUGAUGAGGCUUCUCAUCGAGCACGCGCUCUCCUUCCUGCCGCUCACGCCGGUAUCCGUGGAGACGCCUCAGGGCGGCGUCUACGAGGGCAAGAGGCUGAGCGGUAAAAGAAUCACAGGCGUCUCCAUCCUGAGAGCCGGAGAGACGAUGGAGCCGGCUCUGAUGGCCGUGUGCAAAGACAUCCGACUGGGAAAGAUCCUCAUCCAGACGAACCACGACACCGAGGAGCCGGAGCUCCACUACCUCCGCCUGCCCAAAGACAUCAGCGAGGACUACGUCUUCCUGAUGGACAGCACCGUGUCCACCGGGGCGGCCGCCCUCAUGGCCGUCAGAGUGCUGCUGGACCACGACGUGGCCGAGGACAAGAUCUUCCUGCUGUCCCUGCUGAUGGCGGAGACGGGCGUCCACUCGGUGGCCUACGCCUUCCCCGAGGUCCGCAUCAUCACCACCGCCGUGGACAAGGAGGUCAACGACCAGUUCCACAUCAUCCCGGGCAUCGGUAAUUUCGGGGAUCGGUACUUCGGCACCGACGCGGCGUCGGCCCGGAGUGAGAGCGGGGAAGGGAUGGACCUGUGAGGGUGGAGGAGGGUUGUUACUCCGUCAGGAAGGAUUCUCUGUCUGCUCCUCUCCUCAAAGAGGAAACGCCGAUGUGGCUUAAGGUUCGUAUUCAAGGACUCUGCAGAAUUCAACUGGAAGACUUUCAGGAUUUUCCCAGCGAGUGUUUGUAAAUAAAUAACGGACCGUUUAGCAGCAGUCGUGAAGACGUUUCAGGAACUAAGUUAGUUUCUGUAAAUGUCUCCGUAGCCGCGUACUGUGAAGGUUUCACUGAAAGGACCAAGAGGAAACAUUCAAAUAUUGUUUUUAUUGUAUGUUACAUUGUUUACCAGAACAAUAACUGGUGUUCAUUUAAAAAAAGGUAAAUCCUUUUAGUUGUCAACCAUCCAACUGUUACAUUAUUCAAUAAUAUUUCAUUUAGCUGCUAACGUUACUUUCUUUGACCAAAUGACACCGUGUGUCAAAUUAACUUUUAAAAUACAGAAACUGACUCUUUAAUAUGUAAAUGUAAUCGUUUUAAUGAAUUCUACUUCUUCGGUUAUGUUUUGCAUCCAUUUAUCAACUUACAUAAGUAAUAUAAUUGCGCUCAAACUUUGGCCAUUAACAGCAGAAUGUUUAGUUGUUUUCGGGAAGUGAAAAUGUUAUUUUUGUAAAGUCGACUUUACUUCUAGAACAGAAUAAAAACAUCAGCUUACAAGAA